AUGGGAGGGUCACAGGAGGUGCAGAUGAGGUACUACCAGAUAGUGCUGGGAAUUAAAGAUGAUUUCCUGGUGCCAGCCUCAGGUGAGUCAUGGGAUCGACUUCGCCUGACCUGCUCCCAACCCUUCACACGUCAGCAGUCUUUUGGCCUGGCCUUCCUCCGGGUGUGUUCCUCCCUGGACUCCUUAGAUGACCCUGUGGGGGGUCCCUUGGCCCCCGAGAGCUCUAGGCUGAGCCAGGGCUCUGAUGCUCAGGAGUCUGGUCCCAGACCCUGGCUGGCUAAUCCUUCCAUUCGGAGGACAUUCUUCCCAGAUCCCCAAACGAGCACCAAGGAAGUUUCAGAGCUUAAGAAUAUCCUAAAACAGCUCCAGCCAGGGGCUUUGGGCCGUUCAGCCCACAUGGUACUUUCGGCUGCCCAGAGGGUGCCCCCCACGAGCAUGGCAAGCACAAAAACCAGCCAUGAGGAACCAGGUCCUAGUCAGCCAGCCCGUGCAGAGCUCAGACCAGAGGAGCAGAACUCAGAGAAUGAUGUGAGCAGGACAAAGAGACGGAAAGUGCAAGCCCGCCGGCCUUUAUCCAGCUCGAACUCGCGGCCCAACCAGAGGGGGAUGGCAAAGGCAGGGCAGAGAGAACACCACCGACCCCAGGCCCAAAGCAGUGGGGUCCAGGACAGUUCACUGUGCCCCAUUUGUGCAGGCUCCUUCAGCACUGAGGUUCUUCCCCGGCACGCUGCCACCUGCGGAGAGAUCUCCCCACCUCAGCAAGCCUCUCCCUCCUCAUCACCAUCUUCAUCACAGUCCGUACUGUGGACUAACUUCCAACAUCCCAUGACCUUAACUCCCAGUCCUUUGCUCUCUCCGUCCUUCAUCCAGCCACAGCCCACCUGGACGGAGAUCGCGAACAAGAAGCUGAGGUUCCCACCUCCACUCCUGGCCGCCAUCCAGGAGGGGCACCUGGGCCUAGUGCAGCAACUGCUGGAGUCGGGGGUCGAGGCGUCGGGCAGUGGGCCAGGUGGGCCCCUGAGGAACGUGGAGGAGGCCGAGGACCGCUCCUGGAGGGAAGCUCUCAAUCUGGCCAUCCGGCUGGGCCACAAAGCCAUCACUGAUGUGCUGUUGGCCAAUGUCAAGUUUGAUGUCCGGCAGAUCCACGAGACCCUGCUGGUGGCAGGGGACACAAACCAGCCGGCCGCGGUGCGGCGCCUACUGGCCCGGCUGGAACGGGAGAAGGGCCGCAAAGUGGACACGAGGUCUUUCUCACUGGCCUUCUUUGACUCGUCGAUCGAUGGCUCGCGCUUUGCCCCUGGCGUCACUCCCCUCACCCUGGCCUGCCAGAAGGACUUGUAUGAGAUCGCCCAGCUGCUCAUGGCCCAGGGCCACACCAUCGCCCGCCCCCACCUGGUCUCCUGCGCCUGCCUCGAGUGCAGCAACGCCCGCCGCUAGGACCUGCUGAAGUUCUCCCUGUCCCGCAUCAACACCUACCGCGGCAUGGCCAGCAGGGCCCACCUGUUGCUGGCCAGUGAGGACGCUAUGCUGGCCGCCUUCCAGCUCAGCCGGGAGCUCAGGCGUCUUGCGCGCGAGGAGCCUGAGUUUAAGCCCGAGUACAUUGCUCUGGAGGCGCUGAGCCAGGACUACGGCUUUGAACUGCUGGACAUGUGCCAGAACCAGAGCGAGGUCACUGCGGUGCUCAAUGACCAGCGCGAGGAUGAGACUGAACCCGAGGCUGAGGGCCUGGGCCAGGCCUUUGAGGAAGGCAUCCCCAACCUGGCGAGGCUGCGACUGGCCGUCAACUACAACCAGAAGCGGUUUGUAGCACACCCCAUCUGCCAGCAAGUCCUGUCCUCCAUCUGGUGUGGGAUCCUGGCUGGCUGGCGUGGAAGCACCACCAUCUGGAAGCUCUUUGUCGCCUUCCUCAUCUUCCUCACCAUGCCCUUCCUCUGCCUUGGCUACUGGCUGGCGCCCAAGUCCCGGCUGGGCCGCCUGCUGAAGAUCCCAGUGCUGAAGUUCUUGCUGCACUCGGCCUCCUAUCUGUGGUUCCUCAUCUUCCUGUUGGGCGAGUCCCUGGCCAUGGAGACACAGCUGAGUACCUUCCGAGGCUGCAGCCAGAGCAUCUGGGAGACUUCCCUACACAUGGUUUGGGUCACAGGCUUUCUGUGGUUUGAGUGCAAGGAGGUGUGGAUCGAGGGCCUGCGCAGUUACGUCCUGGACUGGUGGAACUUCCUGGACAUGGUCAUCCUGUCCCUGUACCUGGCGGCCUUCGCACUGUGCCUCCUUCUGGCCGGGCUUGCCCACGCGCACUGCCAGGAUGCCCCGGAUGGCGCUGCCUGCCACUAUUUCACCGCGGCUGAGCGAAGUGAGUGGCACACCGAGGACCCCCAGUUCUUGGCAGAGGUGCUUUUUGCUGUCACCAGCAUGCUCAGCUUCACCCGUCUGGCCUACAUUCUGCUGGCCCAUGAGUCACUGGGCACUCUGCAGAUUUCCAUUGGCAAGAUGAUUGACGACAUGAUCCGGUGCACACUAUCCCUGCUCAGAGCAUCCUCCCCUGUCAUAGACUCCACUGGAUCUCCUUGUAAAAUUCCCUAG